AUGGCAUCUACAAAACGUUCCUUGCCUUCCGCAUUGGCUGACAAUGUAUCCAUCCCUCUAUCAAAAAUCCCCAAGACAGCAAAACACUCAACAAUAACUAGAGGCAAAUCUGCAAGAAUAGCAGUGGCGGCCUUGGAGGGCCGACCGAGUCAGGAAUCCGAGGACAAGACUCUCACCUCAGACGAUAAAAACUUCGAGGCAGAUGGCACAAGAUCAUCUGACAACACAUCCCUCGAACCAUUUGAGAUUGAACAAGUUCAUGGAGAGCCGCCCGCCUGGGCAGAUAAUCGUGCUUCACUCGGUGAUUCGCUGGCCUGGUUUCGCUGUCGACAAGGCGCUUGCUACAUCAUUGCAGGUGGCUGUAAAGGCUUUCUAAUUGACGGCGAUGCUGGUACUCGCUCCUAUAUCGACGAUGAAGUGAUCAUCACUCGGAUUGGUGGAAAUUGUGGGAAAGAAGAUGAUGGAAGCCUUACUCUUUCCAAGAACCAGGACAUGUCAGACACACGCCCUAGAAGUAUGCUGGAAACAAAGGAGCAGGGGUGCGCUUUGGGCCUCAUUAUCGGAAGUAAGAAUACCGCUCUCAACCGACGACUGCCUCAUCGCCUUAAUGUAAUGGCACACUUUCAGAUCACAGACAUGUGGUUUGAGAAGAUGGGAAAGUAUGCAGGCCUAAAAGUUCGAUUUGAAAAGUUGAAUCUCACAAAGCAGAGCUGGUGGUCAGCCAAAAACUCUCCUCCACCUCUUCAAUAUGAAUUCCGUGACUUCAACAAGAAGCCUGAGCGUCAGAUGUGCCAAGAGUGUGGUCAAGAAAGCACUCGUGUGUUCCAAGAAUGUUGGAUGUGCCUUCAUCCGAAGUGUGUCAGCUUCUGGACUGCUGAAAAUAAUAAAACCCCAACCGAUCUCACCUAUAGCUCUGACUUUCUCAACUCCCGUUGUCAUCCAGACCCAUCAAUCCAACCCCAGCAUGAGUUGAAGACAGAUCUUCUUUCCACUUUCAAAGAAGAAGGCAGCCUGGAAUGCUUCAGUGCUGUUUCGUGGAGAGGGAUUGUGUGCCCCAACUGUUUCAAAUGUAUUCCCCGUGAGUACUGGUCGGGCUGGAAGUGUGAUAACUGCAGCUUUGAGAAGUGGUUCCCGAUGCCAGUCAUCAGUCUUCGAUCCAUUAUGCCAAACCAUGAGCUUGCAGCAAUCAAGCGGGUAGUGCAGUUUCAGGGAAAGACAAUGCGGCCCAAUUUUGAUAAUUUAUCUCUAGCUCCAUACCGCAAGUACACCUAUCUCCUGCCCGGUGUUGGUACAAUUACCCACAUGGUAUCAAAUUCGGCAAUCAACAGCCGCAAAGGUGGGCCAGAUGAUUUGUUCCAUGAUCUUCAAGUGAAAGAUCUUGGUCUCAGACGGUAUCCGCUUGAGCAGUCCAUGGUUUCCGGGACUCUUACAUCACACUUUGCUGUGAACUAUGGAAUGCCUUACAAAUAUGUUGUUGCAGUCAAAUCAAAGGGCUUUGAUGAGGCUCCAGAUGUUAUCCUUCAUUCUCUUGGUCGUCUGACAUGGGCGACUGAGCAGGCUUUGGCAACCACAGGAGAUGAGUUCCUACCCCCGAAUGAGCUUUUGCUACUGGGUUAUCUGGAAGACAUGAAAAUCGGGUUUCACGAUGACGGUGAAUCUUCCCUUGGACCCACAAUCACAACACUUUCUCUUGGUUCUCAAGCAACCAUGGAGAUUCGUAUGAAAGGGAAAUAUUACCAUGGCAAAACAAAGUCAAAGCUUCUGUCCGACGACGUUGUGCUCGAAGGCUGCCGGUUUGAGGAAGAACGUCGAGAAUUGAAAGGGCGAGUUCUCGCAGGGGAAACUACUCAAGCUGAGUAUGAUUCUGAGCGCUCUAUAUUGCUUAAGGCUCGAGCAGGUGAAGCUCCAUCCUUUAUCAAGAUGGACCUGUGCCAUGGAGACUUCGUGGUGAUGCAUGGAGAAAACCUACAGAAAUACUACGAGCAUUCUGUGAAUCGUAUUGACAAGCUGCGCUUUGCUCUAACUGCUCGGUAUAUUAAGCCCAACCAGGUCGACAAGAGUGAACACCAUAAGGGAGAUUUUACCCUCACCCCUGCCCAGACUUACCAUGGACAUGGUGACUAA